AUGUCCAUGAUGCUUGCAUUAUCCUCUCCAACAAGUAUGUUCCCUAAUAACAUGGAAUGGCCCUUAGAGUUAGAAGAAGAAGAACUAAGUCAUAGUCAUCAUGAAUACUUCAACUCAGAAGAGUAUCCAUUACUCUCUUCUUCCAUGGCCAAGAAAUUUAAUCACAAUGCAAACGAGCGCCACCGCCGCAAGAAGAUCAAUGCCUUGUACUCUUCUCUCCGGUCAAUCCUCCCUGUUGCAGAUCAAACGAAGAAGAUGAGCAUCCCAGCAACAAUUUCAAGAGUGUUGAAAUACAUACCUGAGUUGCAACAACAGGUGGAAGAACUGAUCAAGAAAAAGGAGGAGCUCUUGUUGAGAAUUUCUCGGCAAGGGGAUAUUAAUAAUGAUGAUGCUGCAGCAGCAGCAGCAAUGAACAAGAAAGGCCAUCAUCAUCAGAACUCUUCUGGCUUUCUGGUUUCAUCAAGUACGAUCAGUGACAGUGAAGUUAGUAUUCAGAUCAUUUCUUCUUAUGGAAUUCAAAAGUGUCAAGUAUCUGAAAUCUUGGUGUGUUUAGAAAAUCACUAUGCCCUUCAACUGCUAAAUGCUUCUUCCUUUGACACCUUUGGAGGAAGACUCUUCUACAACCUGCAUUUUCAGAUGGAAAUGGCUCAUACAUUAGACACAGAAGUUCUCAGCGAGAAGAUCUUGUCAAUAUGUGAGAAGCAUCAAAGGAUAUAAUAUUUAUGUAAUGUAAACAACUAAACAUAAUAUAAAUAUUUUCUUUUUUUAGUCAUAGCAUAGUGAUAGAUUAAAUCCUUCAAUAUUCUCUUGUUUCAUCAGAUCACAUGUAUUAUCGAUAUUGAUGACGUCAGGAGAAUUAAUACUUAAUGGGGGUGUGAUGUCAUGAUCACAAUUUGUAUUAUAUUUUAUUGUAUUUGUAGUUGCUACUAUAUUAUGAACCAAUUACAAAAUAA